CAAACGUUCACUGAACAUUGCGACCAUACGAUAAACUCAUCUCCAACUCUCGACUCCAACCAGUGCAGUGUCAGUUUAUUUCGUGAACACCUUACAAUAAUUUUUUUCAUAAUUUCGCGAUAAAUUUAAACUUUCGAACUACCGAUCAACGCUUCUAAGAUAUCUCAUUCUACUUCAAGUUUCAACAAAACAGACUCAAUCAUGAUGUGGUGGGCAGUAUGGUGCGUGGCGGUGGCUGGUGCAGGCGCGCUAGCGGCGGCCGCCCCCUCCGACGGCCUGGUACCUAUCUCCACCGCGGACUGGGAACAAAUCGACGCCUCCACUACCGACGACGAGAACGUGGGCAAUGCUGUAGCUCCGAUGGGCGGACGCUACGCCGCCGCCGCUCCCUGGGUCUACUUACUCGCCGACAUGCCGAAGGAUUCUCAGGUUGUAACUGGCAGGGUGAAGCGCCGCAUGCCCUCGCUGUCCAUCGAUCUGCCGAUGUCGGUGCUGCGACACAAACUCAGCCAGGAACAAGAACGUAAGGCCCAGGCUCUCCGAGCAGUCGCUAACAGGAACUUCUUAAACGGCAUCGGCAAACGAGCUUUCCAAUGGAAUCCGGAAGAAGUGGCAAGAUUCUACUAAGAAAUACAAUUCGGAAAAACGAAAUAUCGACUUGAUGACAUGAUAAUUGACAAAAUUGAUCCAAAGAAUGUUGUAUAAUAAGCUUGUUAUGUAUAGAUUUUAUCAAGAUAUUACA